AAGACUGAGCACCCCCCCGCCCAAUUAGCAAAACAACGGGAUCGUAUAAAAGCCGAGCACUUCCAGUCAUCGCCCCUCCCGCCCCCCUUCUUCCCACCACCACCACCACCACCUCUCCCAUCCCAACUCGUUUCCCUCGUCUCUCUCAACUCGUUUCCGUGCGUUGGCGCUUGGAUCCUGUACAUUAUCCUUGUCCCAAGCUAGCCCAACCCGGUUACGCUGUAUAUAUCAUACAUACAUACAUACAUUACAUAGCUUUCGUUUCUUUCUCUGUUUCAUACUUUUCUCUUUCUUUCCCACAAACGGCGUAUCUCCAACCUUCUCUACAUUACUCAGCAACAUCGUAAACAGAAUGGCUAUCCUAUCGUCUUCCUCGUUCGUAGCGAAAGCCGCCUUCGUCGCUCUCACUUUCGGCUCCGCCGCCGUCGCCCACCCCCAUCUCUCCGCCCGCCAAGCAUCACCCGCCGCCAACGUUGGCUUCCACAACUGCGAGCCCAAAAUAUGGUCCCCGGCCUCCGCUACAACCGUCAGUUCCUCUCUCGUCCCGUCCGACGAGCUGAACCUCGCCGCAACAAACUGGCUCAGCAAGAACUUCAACCAGACCGAGAACAACUCCUACAUGUCGAGCGGCUACUUCGACGCCGCGUCGGGUGUGUACCACCAUUACACCGCUCAGCUGGUAGACGGUCUGCCCGUCGUGAACGGUGUCUCGGACGUGCAUCUGGACAAGUUCGGAAACGCUCUCGCGGCUUCGUACGCGUUUGCGCAUACCGAGAAGCUCGCGAGGCGGGAUCUGGACGCUAGGGCUGCUGACCCUAUCUCGGCAUCCAGCGCCGUCGAGGCCUACGCAAAGGCGUUCGGACUUACCGCCGACGCUGCGCAGUUGAAGGAAUCCGCAGCCGCCGACGCCACGGAGCUGAACCAAGCGAAAGUCAUCACCGGCGCCACCUUCGCGCAAGCCCCCAUCAAGGCCGAGAUCAAGCUGUACCAGACCCCAACGUCCCUCGAGAAGGUGUGGAGCUUGAAUGUGCAGCGUCCCGACGCGUGGCACAACGCGUUCAUCUCGGUCGCCGAUGGCUCGCUGGUGGGCAAUUCGAACUGGCAGACGGCUAACUUCUGGAACCCAGAGUCGGAGACGGGCAAGACCGCCUCUGCUUCCGCUGGUACCGCCCCUGCUUCCGCUGGUACCGCCCCUGUCAAGCGCCGCGAAUCGUUUGGAGACAGCGUCACGUUUGGGCAGGUGCAUCGUCGCCAGGCGCGACAAGGUGCGGCGGCAGCUGGAGCCAUCCCGCGCACGACCUACCUUGCCCUGCCCUUCGGCGCAAAGGACCUCGACUCCACACCUCCCGUGCUUCUCACCGACCCCUUCGACAAGGACGCGUCCCCGCUCGGCUGGCACGAUCUCGGGGACGGCAACGGCCCUCUCGCCACCACCGUCGGCAACAACGUCGUCGCGCAGGAGAACUCCCAGAACCUUGGCAAUCCCCUCAACAACCCGCGCCCGGUCUCCUCCACCUUCGACUUUAACUCCAAAGCCAACGACAAGAAUCAAGAACCACCCCAGUACGUCGACGCCUCCGUCACCAACAUGUUCGUGCUCUCCAACCUCUACCACGACACACUCUACAAAUACGGCUUCACGGAACAAGCCGGCAACUUCCAAGCCAACAACAACGGCAAAGGCGGUUUGGCCGCCGACCCCGUCAUCGCCAACGCACAGGACGGAUCAGGCACAAACAACGCCAAUUUCGCAUCCCCGCCCGACGGCCAAAUCGGCCUCAUGCGCAUGUUUGUCUUCACAGCCACCCAACCGCAACGCGACGGAAACCUCGAGAACGCCAUCCCCAUCCACGAACUCUCCCACGGCCUCUCCAACCGUCUCACCGGCGGGCCCGCCAACGCCAACUGCCUCAACAACGCCAUCUCAGGCGGCAUGGGCGAAGGCUGGUCCGACUUCUUCGGCGUCGCGUUAACCGCCUCCGCACAAGAAACCCGCACCACCGACCGCCCCGUCGGAAACUACGUCCUCAACAACGCCAACGGCGUCCGCGGCGUCCCAUACUCCACCAAUCUCCAAACCAACCCCCUCACCUUCGCCUCCAUCACCCGCCCCGUGCAGCAAAACGACGUCCACGGCGUCGGCACAGUCUGGAACUCCAUGCUCUUCGAAGCCUACUGGAACCUCGUCGACAAGCUGGGCUUCACACCCAACUUCAAGGACGACGCCCAGUCCGGAAAGGGCAACACGCUGAUGAUGCAGUACGUCGUGCAAGGCCUGGCGUUGCAGCCGUGCAACCCGAACUUUGUGCAGGCGAGGGACGCGAUCCUGGCCGCCGAGCUGCAGUUGACGAAGGGCGCGAAUAAGUGUGAGUUGAUCAAAGGGUUUGCGAAACGCGGACUCGGCCUGAAUGCGAAGGGCACCGCGCCGUUUGUGAAUGAUAACACGGUGCCGGCGGAGUGUCAAUGAGCCUUUUUUUGGGCGUAGACUUUUUUUUUUGUGUGUGUGUGCUGGCUCGUCCCUGUAGUUUAGUUCAUCUCUCCUUCCCUCAUAUAUCGCAAAUCGAUUCUUACACUGGCAGUAUUUUGGAACUUCCCCCCCCCCCCCCCCCC